UUGUGCAGUUAGAAAUAAACUAAAUGAGGACUUUAGCCAUUUGGCUUAAAUGUCAGCAAAGUAUUUUAUUUUUUUAUUAUUUUCCGAUAUAUAUGAAGGUUUCUAUGUUAUUUUGAAGAUCUGUAGUAGGAUUUCAACCAUAUAGUUCUUUGCGUUUAAUUCAGAUGACAACUAUUGAGAACACUGGAACAGCUAACACAAGAACAUCUGGGAACCUCACACCUGCUAUAAAACUACCAUGGAGAAUUCAACUAAAAUACUGUUUGUUCUACAAGGAUUAAACGAGACAAUGUCAAGCAAACACACAUACUUUGCUGUCACUCAUCUCGUUUACAUUUUUACAAUUAUAGUGAACCUGACUUUGAUUGCGACAAUUAUUUUGGAGAAAACGCUCCAUGAGCCCAUGCUUAUACUUCUGUGUAACUUGUGUGUAAAUGGGAUAUGCGGUGCCUCUACAUUUUAUCCUAAAAUAUUGGUGGACCUUUUAUCUGAAUUGAGUGUUAUUCCGUAUGGAGCUUGCUUGGCCCAAAUUUUUGUAUUAUACAGUUACAUAUUCUGCGAGUUCACAACGCUAUCAGUGAUGGCUUAUGACAGGUAUAUCGCGAUAUGCAAGCCGCUCAAUUAUCACUCCACCAUCACGCCUCAGAAGAUUGUGAAAUUGCUGCUUUUGACCUGGCUUUUUUCCAUGAGUGAAUCGGCUAUUGCAGUGAUCCUGAUAGCCAGAUUACCGCUCUGUGGAUUCAAAAUUGAAAAGAUUUACUGCACAGCUUGGGCAGUGGUAAAGCUGUCAUGUGUGGACACCACUAUCAACAACGUAUACGGGUCCAUUCUCGUAUUUUUUCACAUUUCACAAGCAGUGCUUAUCUUAAUUUCUUAUGUUAAUAUAAUAAAAGCCUCUGUGCGAUCGCAGGAAGAAUGGAAUAAAUUCAUGCAGACCUGUUUGCCCCAUUUAAUCGCAUUGACCAGUUUCUUAAUCGCAUUCGUUUUUGACGUCAUGUACGCUCGCUAUGGUCCCACCAGCCGUUUCCACACUCUCCGCAAUGCCAUGUCCUUGGAGUACCUCAUUGUUCCACCGCUCCUAAACCCCCUCAUCUAUGGCCUGAGAAUGAAGCAGAUCCGCCGGAGAAUCUUUAGAAUUCGCAGCCAGAAAGUACGUGCUCUGAAAUGAAUAUCGUGUCUACUUAGCUGUUUUUAAUUUUAAUUUUUAAAAUCCGUGCUUUGAAUUUUACAUUUGGAGCUGAUAUCGGUUUUGCUCUGUCUGAGGUACGACCUAAAUCGUCAUUAAGAUGGAUUCAUUUUUCAUGUAAAGUGAUUUUGUUAGCAAACCCUGUAUAGCCUUAAUUCUCUCGCACACACACAGGUAUGUGCCUGGCAGACUGUAGCCUGCACAAUUUUAGGCUCGGCAUUUGCACAAUGAAACUGCUUCAUGGUUAAAAACCACAAUCCUUGUCCCGCGUUAGGUUUUCCAAAGCGUAGAUAAAAGGUUAAGCGCGCACCUUCCGAGCGCCUGGAUGUUAAACACGCUUGAAUGGGAAAAUAUUUCACAUAUCAAGAAAAAACAUUCUCGUCACAUUUGGUAGUUAGCUAGCUACCAAUAUAAACGAAAAAGAGUGCUCAAAACGAGUGACUGAAACAAGUGCAGCUAAAAUAUUUUCACGCAUUUGCCUCCUAUUUGUAACAAUGUCUAAAGAGGUGAGACCACACCUGAACUUCCUUCUUUUAAGCCCCAAUGAA